GAGGGAGGGAGGGGGGGAGUUGAAAGCUGGAGCCUUGACUGAAUGAUUGCCUCUGAGUUGGUAUUUUUGGGCGCUUUGUGUAUCAGUACAAAGAACAGUAGCAGACUCAGUGAUGAGGUCACAGGGAUCUUUAAUCUCAUUUCUGACCAAACUCUGCCACACUUACCAGUGGCAUCAUCAAGGACGACUCUUCUUGUAGGUCAAGAAGGGAAAACAGAAUUUAGCCCCAAUAUUAAUUGUACUGUUCUAUCUUCCCUUUCUCUCUCUCUCUCUCUCUCUCUCUCUCUUGUGUCUUUCGAUACAAAAUAAUGAAAGAACUGCAGGAUAUUUCCCAAGAAGACCCCUCUGGAAAAUCUGGGUGUGCAUAGCUUGUUUUGGGUUUUCUUUCUCUAGCGGGUAUUAUCCAUAUUACCCUUUUAGUUAGUGCAUAGUACAACAUUUAUCAAAAGCCAUUAUCCAUGUGCAGAUAGAGAGAAGAGGAAAGCGAUGGGUUAGGCUUCACAUAGGGCGGGCAUAGGCUUUCAGGCUUGGUUUUCCGUUUUAGGUGAUGUUGGGUUUGAUGGAAGUGGAAAUAUUGAAUGGCAGAACCUUUUGGGAGGGGCAGCAGAAGCAGCAAUAUCAGGUAUCAGAGUGGUGGCAGCUGUUGCACAACCUACAAAAAGAGAUUAGGAAGCAGCAAAUUAGAGAGAGCAGUAAAGAGGCAAGCCCCACCCAUUAAAGAAAAGUAUUCUCCAUUAAAAGCUGGAACAGAAAAGGUACAAGGGUCUGGGUCCGGUGCCUCGAAACAGAGUCCCAAAUUCAAGACAUAUAGGAGGAGGAGAGAAAAGGAUCACCAAUCACCCAAAGAGCACUACUAUCAUCAUCAACAAGUGCUGCCCUUUCUUGUUCACCACCAAUAUCUCCAAAACGCACAGCCCCAACAAGACCAAAACCAACAUUUGUAACAGGAUUACACACACAGCAGCAGUCAUCUACAACCAUCCAAGAAAAGAUCUUAUUUUCCAUCUUCUUCCUCCUUAACCUUCCAGGAGCAAAGCGUCGAAUAUGCAAGAAAAUGGGAGAGAGCCACCACCAAGCAGCAACAUCGUCUAGAUUGGGGAUAAGCAACACAGUGGGAGAGAUUGUGGAGGUCCAAGGAGGCCUCAUUGUUCGGCCUACAGGAAGAAAAGACCGCCACAGCAAGGUCUGUACAGCCAAAGGCCCCAGAGACCGCCGCGUCCGGCUCUCAGCCCACACUGCUAUCCAGUUCUACGAUGUGCAGGACCGCCUCGGCUACGAUCGUCCCAGCAAAGCUGUCGAUUGGCUCAUCAAGAAAGCCAAGACCUCCAUAGACGAGCUCGCAGAACUACCCGCAUGGGAUCCAACCACAGCGGGCUUCACCCCCAAAACUAGUAAAACUGCUACUAGAAGCACCAAACAACAAAACAUAUGCGAUGAGAAGGAGUAUGGGCUUUCCGUAGAAAAUGUUGCUACUUCAAAAAUUGCUGAAGUUCAAAAUACGCAACAGCAAAUGGCAGAAAACCCCAACAGUAGUUUGGGUUUUCUGCCACCAUCUUUAGAAUCAGAUGUCAUCGCUGACACAAUCAAAACUUUCUUUCCAAUAUUGGGUGCAUCUACGGAGACAUCGUCUCCUACUAUACAGUUUCAGAACUAUCCACCAGAUUUGAUGUCAAGAACCAGCAGCCAGAGCCAAGAUCUGAGGCUUUCGCUCCUAUCAUUUCAAGGACCAAUUCUUUUGCAACACCAAGCACACCAUCAUGGUCAUCAAGCUCAAAGUGAACAUCAAGUGUUCUCUGGAACCACUGCCCAUCAUGUUGGCUUUGAUUGCUCUUCUGGUGGGUGGUCUGAGCAGCACUACCCACAAGAAAUUACCCGGUUCCAAAGAAAUUUGGUGGCUUGGAAUGCAGCAGAUGCUGGUAGUGGCGGUGGAGGAAGUGCAGGACUCAUCUUCAAUGCACCACUACCACCACCACAGACGAUGCCGCCAUCGCCACUUGUACAGCCGUUUUUCGGCCAAAACCAGUUUUUUUCACAGAGGGGAACCCUUCAGUCCAGUAACACGCCUUCGUUUCGUGCUUGGAUAGACCCGGCAAUCACUCCUGAUCAUCAUCUUCAGCUGCGGCAGCAGCAGCAGCAGCAGCAAACUGCAAUAUCAGGCAUUGGAUUCACUGCCUCAGAUGGUGGGUUUUCUGGGUUUCGAGUUCCAACACGAAUUCAAGGCGAAGAAGAGGAGCGCGACGGCAUUCACAACAAGCCGUCCUCUGCUUCCUCUGAUUCUCGCAGUUGAUUGAGCAAAAAAACCCAAAAUCUCACCUUUUCCAGGACUUGUGCAUUGUUUAAGAGAGACUAAUAUGGGGCUAAGAAGAUGUUUUCAAGAUAGGCUCGGAGGAUGGGAUUUUGGCCACUUGGAGAUGAAUCAAUCUCAAAUACCGUGGGAAAAGAGAGAGAUACGGGUGGAUAUUUCAGGUUUUUCGAUGCCUGGCUUGUUUAGAUGUUUAUUUGGUAUUCUGUUCUAGUUGUUGUUUUAGUUUCCAUGUUUGAGAGGGCUUUGAUAGCUCAAAUUAAUUUGCUUCGAGCUUUUGUUGGAUUGACUGUGUUUAUGUUGCUAGAGUUUUUGCAUGUCAUGGAUUCUUUUUUGUAUUUUGAUUCCAUUUCUGAUAGAAGCAGAGCUAGUUUGAUUUGAUGAAAA